CGGGAGGAGCCUACGAGAUUUGUGUGGCCAAUAGUAAAUGCCCUCCCAGUUAUACGAGAAAAUGAUCUCGAGACACUUGGGUAUUAUAACAGGGGUACGCGGGAUAAGGUUGGGGAUAAACUAUGACAUAAAAGGUAAUGAUUGUAUUCACUUUGCCCAGAUAACGCUCCAUCUGAUAACUCCUGACAAUCUGACAAUCUGACAAUCUGAUAAAAGCACCCGCUUUUCUUCGUUCUUCCCCUCCACUCAUUUCUCACACAUUUACAGCUAUCACACGCUCCAUUGCCCCACACUUGCCUAUUUCCUAACAAUGUCUCCAUUAGUCGCAGAGAACUCAAGCGUCAAGGAUACUACUGCCACUAUGGCGCCCUCUGCUGUUCAGAAGAAGAACGUCGUCGUCAUUGGUGGUUCUUGUGUUGGUAUUGGUGCCGUACUGAAAGGCAAGAAGAUUCUGCCCUCGACCCAUCGCCUCAUCGUCAUUGAGAAGCACUCGCAUUUUCAUUACAUGUUUGCUUUCCCCCGCGCUUCUGUCAUUGCUGGCUGGGAGAACGAGCUCUUUGUGCCCUUUACCAAGAUGUUCGAUUCACCUGAAAAGGGCCAGGUUAUCCAGGCCCUAGCCACCAACAUCACAAAGACCCAUGUCGAGCUAGACCGGUCUGUGGAAGGAUUCGGCACCAGCGUCGAGUAUGAGUACUUAAUAUAUGCCACAGGUGCCCGCCACCCAGAGCCGGGUAACCUGAACGACCACGACACCAAAGCUGCAGCAAUCCAACGACUCAAAGAGAUGCAAGAAAAGAUCCAAAAGUCGACCAAGGUCAUGUUAGUCGGCGGUGGUGCUGUUGGGCUGGAGUUGGCGGUCGAAAUUCGAGAGCAUUUUCCACAGAAGGAGGUGAUCCUGGUCCACUCGCGGGAGAGGUACAUGCCCACGUAUAAGUAUGCCCUGCAUGAAAAGGCAGUCGAAAUUCUGACAAAUUUUGGCGUGCGCCAGAUCAUGAGCGACAGAGUCAUCGUCCCUGAAAGCGGGUUUGUAGAUGAUUUCAAGAUGAUUAAAGUCGCUACUAAAGGCGGCAAGGAAAUAGAGUGUGAUCUUCAGAUCCUUUGCACGGGAAUGACACCUCAAAGCGCUCUGCUCGGCAGACUAUCGCCUUCCUCCAUUAACACCGCUAACCACCUGGUCAAGACCAAGCCAACGCUGCAGAUAGCCGAUGACAAUUUCCCAAACAUCUACACUGCAGGCGAUGUCGCUGAUCUCGAGGAAGUCAAGACCGGCGGUGCUGCUUGGUAUCAAGGCGAACUAUGCAUGCGUAACAUCUGCAAAAUGAUUUCCAACCCCAAUAUCCAGACCAAAGGCUUGCGCACCCAUACCCCCAGGGCCCCUCAUAUCUUCUUGUUCUUAGGUGUCGCCAAAGCUGCAGCUCAGGUCAAACUUUUUGGCCACAUCUUUGUUACGGCCUGGGACUUUCUCCUCAAGUGGCUCUUUAGCUACAACGUCCAUGCUUCACGCGCCUGGACUUGGCUCGGUAUACCUUUGACAAAAGAGGCAGCCGACCUCUGAAGGGAGAAAAAGACGGAAAGUAAUAUAUGACAGGUGUUAUAGUAGAAUCGGAAUGCGUACACGUUAGGAUGUUAUAUGUGCCAAAUUACAAUAUAAAAU